CUUGUUUCCACCCCCCAACCUCUCUUUGGCCUUAACUUUAGUGAAGCAUUGCAGAUAUGCUCAUAUGAACCUGCCCAGGUUCUGUUCUCCCAAGAGCAUGGAAGUUCCAUGGCAGUUGGAGUCUUAGAAUGAUAGAAGUAACGGGAAAUAAACAUUAUCCCAGGACCCUUCUUGCUCUGUACUUUACCUGCCCCCACCUCCUGUGUAAUUCUAGGGCAAGGCAAGGAUUGGGUUAAAGGCAAAUACAAGCAAAGCCUGUCCAAACUUAGGCCCAAUGUCUCUGCACAGGGCCAUAGGUUUUUCACUUUCCCUCAUCCACAUUGUUCUGCUCUUCAUCGUCCAUGCAUCUCAUGGCUGGAUGAUGACUGACAAUCAAGUAGACGAGUAUCAUGCUGGCCUCUGGACCAUCUGCUCAGAAAAAUUUGGAUGCAAACCCCUGAGACCUCAUGAUGUGCACCUGGACCUCAUCCGAAGCUUCAUGGUGCUAGCAACACUUGCAUCUGUCUCAGCUAUGCUAUGGGCAGUGGAAUGGGACCACGUCAUCCACUGCAACUACUGCUUUCCUCCCAAAUCCCUGAUUACUUCCUUCUUCAACUUCCUUGCAGGAAUCUUUGUGCUGGUUGCUGUGGUGGUGUUUCACAUCAAAGUCAACCAGUUAUCAACAGCUGUGCCUCCUGCUAAGAAAUGGGCUUUCUACUUAAGCUGUGCCAUCUGCAUCCUGUGUUUCUUGACAGUAUCCCUGAAUAUCACCCGGAUCUUCAUGAUACUUGCUCUCAUUAUGUCCUUCGUAGCUUUGGCAUUAUCAAUGCCAUGGGAGUGGAUUGUUCGCUGCUCCUCUCCCUUUCUUAGCAGGCCUCUGCUUAUGUCCAUCUUCAGCUUCAUUGCAGCAAUCUGUUCGUUAAUUGCUGUGGUGGUAUUUGGCGUCCAAGUUGAUCGGAAGUCAGACUCCGCACAUCCUUCUGGGAAAUUUGCUUUUUACUUAAGCUGUUUCACCUCUGCUUUUUCCUUCUUGGCAGCUGUUUAUAAUGGUUUGGUCCACAAGUUUUCACUCUGGGAGGUUGCAAGCUCAGGCCGUGUUGAAGAUACGCAAAAGCCGGAUGAGACAGCCUAGAAGC